AUGAUCAAGGAAUGUUUCAUUACCACCGGUGCAACAGCGAAAUUCACUGAACUCAUUCAAGCUGCUCUCUCCCCGGAAUGUCUCCAGACGUUCGUGGACAAUGGCUUCACACAUCUUAGAUUCCAGUGUGGGCACUCUAUGUCAGCUUUCGAGCAGCUGAAACCUUCAGAUACUCAGGGACUGGACAUCCUAGGAUUCGAUUUCAACAAAGAUGGUCUCGCCAAGGAGAUGCGAGCCUGUCAGGAGAAGAAAAACGUUUCCAUGAGGGGCCUUGUAAUAUGCCACGCUGGGGCUGGAACAGUUCUAGAUGCCAUGAGAUUGGCUGUUCCAUUAGUUGUAGUGCCAAACACAUCUCUUUUGGAUAACCAUCAAGAAGAACUGGCUGCUGAAUUGGAAGCACAAGGAUAUGCUACGAAAGCUGACACACGGAAUCUUGCGGAGGCGAUUGCAAAAGCAUGUAAGAAGGAAGACAAAGCAUGGGGUGGCCACAAUACUAGCUUCGCUACUAUUGUUGAUAAUGUGGUUGGGUACGAAGAUGACGUUCGGGCCCAGCUGGAUUAA